AUGGACGCACCCAAGUCUUACUAUCUCUACAAUCCUUCCGAGCCCUUGGCAGGAGUUGUCGCAGGUCUUUAUGGAGUUAGCUUUUGCAUCACGGUCUGGCAAAUCAUUCGGAAGAAAGCCUGGGUAUGGCUCUUUAUGCUGCUUGCUAUUGCGAUGGAGGUGAUCGGGUACGCAGCUCGAGUUGUGUCUGCUACCAAGCCGACAGAGAAGGGACCUUACGUGCUUCAAUUCACACUUGUGAUCUUACCCCCAGUGUUGAUGGCCGGUGUCAUCUAUGUUAUCUUCGCCAGAAUCGUCUUCUGGGUUGUCCCUCCGGAGUCGAGAACCCUUCGAUUUCUCUGGGUCCCUGCUCGCUUUAUCACUCUUCUCUUUGUUGGUUUCGAUAUCAUCUCGCUCCUCCUACAACUUGUCGCUGCAGUUCUCAUCGCUGGCACCGACCCUACCGAUCCUGACGCAAAGAGCAAGCUCAAUCUUGGCAAAACACUUGGUCUUGUCGGUGUGAGCACUCAAAUUGCUGGCUUCGGUCUUUUCACUGUUUCUGCCAUCCGAUUUCACUUCGCUGCGAGACGACUGAGCCCCGACUUUGCCAAGGACAAUCAGGAGAGGCAUGGUAUUGUGAAGAAGUGGCAAACCCUGCUCAUUGUGGUCAAUGUCUCAUGCCUUCUCAUUCUUGUCCGUUCGAUCUACCGUGAGAUCGACUUCGCUGGUGGCAAGGAUGGUACUACCCACCAGAAGGAGUGGUAUUUAUAUGUUUUUGACACUCUUCCUAUCUUGCUCGUCGUCUUCCUCUACAAUGUCUUCUUUCCAGGCAGCUAUCUCAAGCAUCUUGGUUUUAAAGUGCCUAAAGAAAAUCAGGGUGCUGUGCUCGACACCGAAACUGCCAACAAGCAGGUCUCCGCGACUGCGGAGUCUGUAUGA